CUCCAGUCAAAGAAACAUGAGGAAGCCGGCUGGGGCAUGACAAAGAUGAUUGCUACUUGUUUUCUUUCACCGGUUAUCAGCUUAUUCUGAUUGGAGUGGAUUCCAAUAAAAUGGAGCAGUCAGAAACGGAUGAUGAGAUGGACAAAAAAAACCAUUUUAGAAGAACUUCUCCUAAAGAGGUCUCAACAAAAGAAGAAAAUGUCACCAAACAAUUACAAAGAAAGACUUUUUGUUCUAACAAAAACAAACCUCUCUUACUAUGAUUAUGAUAAAAUGAAAAAAGGAGGCAAGAAAGGAUCGAUCGAUAUUAAGAAAAUCCGAUGUGUUGAAAGAGUGAAUCUUGAGGAACAAACUCCUGUGGAGCGACAAUAUCCAUUUCAGAUUGUUUAUAAAGAUGGCCUUCUCUACGUCUAUGCAUCAAAUGAAGAGAGCCGAAGCCAGUGGUUAAAAGCCCUUCAGAAAGAGAUAAGGGGGAACCCUCACCUGCUCAUCAAAUACCACAGCGGAUUCUUCACGGAUGGCAAGUUCCUUUGUUGUCAGCAGAGUUGCAAGGCAGCACCUGGAUGCACCCUCUGGGAGGAAUAUCCAAAUCUGCAGGUGGCAAGUGUCCCUGUGAAACCAAUACUCCCCAUCAUCCCCAAUAGACUGCUGAAGAUCCCACGAGCAGUUGCUGUUCUUCAUGAGUCAUCCCCAAAGUGCAUGACAACAGAGAUUGAUUCAGAGCCCAGGAAAAAUAACAGUUCUGAAACGGAUGCAUAUACACGAGGUGAAAAUGCUGUGUCCGGGAUCCAGCUGAAAAAAUAUGUAAAAACUCAGACUAUUCCAAUGAUUUCAUGGGGGGACCCAGGAUUAAGUUCUUCUGAAGAAGAGGAAAGCCUGAACAGCUACGACUGGUUUGCAGGUGAUAUCUCAAGAGCCCAGUCUGAACAGUUACUGAGACAAAAGGGAAAAGAAGGAGCAUUUAUGGUUCGAAAUUCCAGCCAAGUAGGACGGUACACAGUAUCCUUAUUUAGUAUGGCCCUAAAUGAUAAAAAAGGAACUGUCAAACAUUAUCAUGUGCAUACAAAUGCUGAAAACAAAUUGUACUUAGCAGAAAAUUAUUGUUUUGAUUCGAUCCCUAAGCUUAUUCAUUAUCAUCAACACAAUUCAGCAGGCAUGAUUACGAGGCUUCGACAUCCAGUCUCCACCAAACUCAAUAAGGUCCCAUCCACAGCAUCCUUGGGAAGUGAAAUUUGGGAGCUGAAGCGAGAAGAGAUUACCCUUUUGGAAGAAUUGGGAUGUGGGCAGUUUGGAGUGGUGCAUCUGGGAAAAUGGAAGGGGAAGUAUGAUGUUGCCAUUAAGAUGAUUAAGGAAGGUUCUAUGUCAGAAGACGAAUUCAUACAGGAGGCGCAGACUAUGAUGAAACUCAGCCACCCCAAGCUGGUCAAAUUCUAUGGUGUGUGCACUGAGAGGUAUCCCAUCUACAUAGUGACGGAAUACAUCACUAAUGGCUGUUUGCUCAGCUAUCUGAAAUGUCAUGGGAAAGAACUCCAGUCCUUCCAGCUUCUGGAAAUGUGCUAUAAUGUUUGUGAAGCAAUGGCCUUCUUAGAGAGCCACCAGUUCAUACACCGAGACUUGGCUGCUAGGAAUUGCUUGGUUGACAGUGACCUUUCAGUAAAAGUAUCUGACUUUGGAAUGACCAGAUAUGUUCUCGAUGAUCAAUAUGUCAGCUCAGUAGGAACAAAAUUCCCAAUCAAGUGGUCAGCACCAGAGGUCUUUCAUUACUCCAAAUAUAGCAGCAAGUCGGAUGUAUGGGCCUUUGGAAUCCUGAUGUGGGAGGUGUUCAGUUUGGGAAAACAGCCUUACGAACUCUACGAUAAUAGAGAGGUGGUGACAAAGGUUUCCCAAGGUUAUCGGCUGUAUCGGCCACAAUUAGCUUCGGACAACAUCUACCAAAUAAUGUUCAGCUGUUGGCAUGAGCUUCCAGAAAAACGUCCCACAUUUCAUCACCUCCUAUCUUCUAUUGACACACUUCGGGAAGAUGACAAGUCUUGAAAAAAGAAAAUGGAAGAAAUACAGAGAAUGGACACAAAUUUUAGCAAAUAUCAUCAUUCUUUUUAAGAGAUGUAGAGAGGACUGAGCUCUCUAUAGUUUAGAUGCUUCUACUCGGUGUUAUCUCAUUUAUUGUUUGUCCUUUAUAACCUGGAGGGGUGAACAAGACAAGGAAGGAAAGUUUGCAGAGAUUUUUUUGUCAUCUCACUAACAAGAGGAUAAUACACCCUCGACUAAAGCAGAAGUACAAUUUGUGUCUGUUUCUGUUAAAAAGUGGUUACUCUUUACUAUUUUAAUAAAUUAAACAGGACUUAAAGAUGAUUAAUUUAUUGAGGUUUAUUUUAUCAGACUGGAUUCUUUUUUCCCCUUAGAUUAUCACCAUUAGAUUUAGAAUUGAAAAGGAAUUUAGAGAGAGAUCAAUAACCCAGACUUUUCACGAAGUCCAGAGAGGGGAAGUCACCUUUCUAAGGUCAUAUUAGUAGUAAGUCUCACUUUCAGGAUUUGAACACAAGUCUUCUGGCUAGAAAUCCAGUGUGUGCCCCCUGUCAUCCUAAGAUUAUGGUAACUUUGACAUGCUAUCAAAUUAUAAAUUAGGGAGCAGCUAGGUGGUGCAGUGGAUAGAACACCGGCCCUGGAUUCAGGAGGACCUGAGUUCAAAUCUGGUCUCUGACAAUUAACACUUACUAGCUGUGUGACUCUGGGGAAGUCAUUAAUCCCAUUUGCCUCACCAAAAAAAAUAAUAAUAAAAAAAAUUAUAAGUUAGGCUUGUUAAUUCAGACUUCAAAAAGUUCUGUUUUAUCCCCAUAAUGUAUUUUUUUUUUUUUUGACUGGGCAAUGAGGGUUGUGACCUGCCCAGGGUCAUGCAGCUAGUGUCAAAUAUCUGAGGCUGAAUUUGAACUCAGGUCCUCCUGAAUCCAGGGCUGGUGCUUUAUCCAUUACACCACCUAGCUGCCCUCCCCCCAUCAUGUAGUAUUUCCGCAACAAGGGUACCAUGUUGCACCAGGUAAUGGUGGUCUUUCAUUACAUAUUCCAUGAUCCAAACCAAUAGUCAUAACAUUUGGCUGAGAUCCAGAUUAGAGCUACAAAAUUUUCUACCCAUGGUAUAAAAAUAAAAUGCUAUGGAUAUUGUGGAGAUUCUCCUGAGCCACUAGUGUUUCUUCCCCAUUAAUUUAUUUUGGUUUCUACAUAUAUAAAAGUUUAUGUACAUAUGAUAUCCCCCUAAAUAGAAUGUAAGCUCCUUGAGGGUAGGAACUGAUUCACUUCUGUCUUUAUAUCCCCAGUGUAUAGUAAAUAGUAAGUGUUUAAUAAUAAUUCUUGCUGAUUGAUUGAGGCCAUCUUAUAUCAUUGUUGGACAUGUCCAAUAAUAAAGAAAUCAUUUGUAUUAAGUCAAAAUUCCCCUAUCUGUAACUUCCACCCAUUGAUCCUAGCUCUGUUCUCUGGAACCACAUUUAAUAAACCUAA